AUGGCUUCUUCGGGCGUAUCAGUUAAAGAUGAUGUUGUUAACGAAUUCAACAACAUCAAAAUUGGCCAUAAGUAUCGUUUUAUUCAAAUGAAACUAUCGACUGACAGGACGGCCAUUGAAAUUGAAAAAACUGUAGAAUCCGGCAAAGCUGACAAAUCUCCAGCAGAAGGUAAGAAAGCUUACGAGGAGUUUGUUCACCAGUUGCCUUCUGACGACUGCCGCUACGCAAUUUAUGAUUUCCAUUUUGAGACCAACAAUGCAGGCUCCAGGGACCAACUGAUUUUCAUUGUUUGGUGCCCUGAAAAUGCUCCAACCAAAUCAAAGAUGUUGUAUGCAUCAAGCAAGGAUGCUCUCAAGAAAAAAUUGGUGGGCAUCACCCAUGAGAUUCAGGCCAAUGAACACAGUGAUUUAAACCAUAGUGAGAUUACUGAUAAAGUACUCAGCAGAGUUGUCAAUUGA